GGCCGCGCGGAGCACUGUGGGGGCUCGGCGCUGUAAUGGAGGCUGCCGCUCCGCGGCCAGCGCCGCUGCCUGCCUCUGGGGUGCUCCCUCAGUGCCGGACUUCCCCCGGCGAGUCAAGUUCUUCCGCGGGGAGAUAGAGCGGUGGCUCCGGCAGGCUGGGCCCUGGGGCAGAUGAAGAGGCAGGCCGCGGCUUCGGGGACAGCGCCGCCGGUGCCGUCAGUUCGUUUGUGCGGCGGCCGAGGCUGUUCCCAGUGGCCUCGGCAUGCAGUAUCUCCUGUCCGGGUCGCGGACCCGCGGCGACAGUUUCUCUCUGGGGAAGGUCCCCGUUUUUCGCGGGAGCGGCGUGGGGCUGUGUGCCCGCGCCCGGAGGGCACCGCAACGCCGUAGCAGCUGCCGUGGGUUCUGGCCGCAGCAGGGUGGGAGGCUCGGGCACCCCGCGGGUGCUGCUUCUGAGAGGAGAAAAGAUAAAGGAUUUGGCGCUGCGUGUGUAGAGAGACUUCUUUAUAAUGUCGUCUGUGUGGAGUUUGUGCACCGUAGUUGUUUGCUGGGGAUCAGAGAAGCAGCAGCUCAAGCGCUGCCUGCCAGAAGCAGUCACAUCAAAAAGACAAGCCCAGCAGUGCUCCCUCUAACCCCUUACUCAGUGCAGAGGAAAACAGAUCUCAGCGUUAAGUGUACUGUGCUCCUGGCUUGCUGCUUCAUGACACUGAGUGGGUGUGCUUCGUACAGCCCUGCUGUGGCUGCUUCAGGAUGAAAAGCAGCCUUGGCAAACUAGAGCUGCGUGGGAGAAAUCCAACUUCCAGGCUACCUGUAAAGUGAGGCAAAGCCUUUGUGCAACCUGGAGUAUAACUACAUUUCUGGUGUGAAUUUCCACUGGAAAAGCAUAACUGCAUGAAACAGGAGUAGCAUAAAAUAGCAUAGGAAUUGCUGCCUUAUCCCAGGGGCUUCAUCCAGCAGGGAAGAGAAGCUGCAAUAAUAGCAAAUGUUCCCGCUUUCCAUCCUGAUAUCCAUCCAUGGAAGCACACGAAGAUGUCCCUGCUCCUUGGGAAUUCACGAGCAGAUGGAGCUCUGCCAGGCCUCAAAGUGUGGAACCUCUCCACUUCCUCCUGCUGACAAAGUCUCAGUCUUUAUGCCUUGCCAUUUGGCCACCUGACUAGCCAACUUUUUUUCUCCUUAGCAAGUGGGAAGGGCAGGGGAAAUGCAUGAGAGAUGUGGAGAAGUGUGGUGCUGCUUCACUUAAUCUGGUUGUUUUGUAAAGGGCUUUUGGUAUGUACGGUGAUGAGAUGGGCAAGGGCCUUGAUAGAUAGAAGGUUACUGGAGAGGGGAAUCAGGGUGGACAAAGGUUUGUGAGGGCCUGGUUUUAGAAGGCCAGCACCAGAACGAGAGGACACAGCCUCAAGCUGCGCCAGGGGAAAUUUAGGCUCGAGAUGAGGAGAAAGUUCUUCACUGAGAGAGUCAUUGGACACUGGAAUGGGCUGCCCGGGGAGGUGGUGGAGUCGCCAUCCCUGGGGCUGUUCAAGGCAGGAUUGGAUGUGGCACUUGGUGCCAUGGUCUAGCCUUGAGCUCUGUGGUAAAGGGUUGGACUUGAUGAUCUGUGAGGUCUCUUCCAACCUUGGUGAUACUGUGAUAAUUCUAUUUAUCAGUACAAGGUUGGGAAAGACUGGAGAGGAAAGGGUCAGGUACAGGGGGAAUUUUAUUCAGAAGAAACAAACCAAUGCAGGUUACAAACUCGUGUUGGGAAGGAACAUCUAAGAUGAAAGUUUCUUGGCUAGAAAUAGCAGGAGGAAGGAGGUGUGAGUGCCUUUGUAGGAAGAUGGCAUGGCUAGGGGCCAUUCAUGUGAUGUGGCUGUUAAAAAGCCAAACAGAAGCUCAAAUGGUGUUGGAUUCAGUAUUUCCAUCACACAGUGCAUGCUGCUCUCAGCUUUGGAGUGUUGUUCUUGCCUCCAGGCCCACAGGCAAGGAGGUCAUGCUGGGAUGGAUGUGGAGAGCAGUUCAGAGGACCAAGGAACCAGCCUGGCAGGAGGAAACUGAAACAGUGGAGCUGAAAGGUUGCCAAAUGCUGCAGCAUUUGGGUAUGGUCAGAAUCUGAAUAUCCCUUCCUAGGUGACCCUCUUCAAAUCUGGAGGUGACACUGUUUGAUACCAAGAGCUACCCUGAAUAAUUCAGCCAAAACAAUUCAGCACCAUCCACCUGGGUCUCUGCUCAGUUCCUCUUGCUGCAGUUAUCUGCUGAGUGCAGCAAGACACUGCUGCAGCCCUUGCUCGUGGCUGUCACCCCUGCCUCAUCCUGCUGCCUGCUGGCUUCUUUCUUGCUGCUGGAGCUGUUGUGCUGUGGCUGCCUCCACUGCAUCUCCUCCCUCUGCACAGCUGUGGUUCUGCCUCAGAUGAGUGCUGGGUUCACUCCUGGACUGCAGAAUAGGGGCUGAGAAGUGUCCUGACUGAACAUGGUCCUGUGCAGAGUGUGAGGUGCUCUGGACCUUGGAGCUAAUCUGCAGAAAAGCCUGGCAGCCCUCAGGAUUCUCCUGGAGACAAGGAAUCUGCUUCCCAGCACUGCCAGUCGCUUGAAGAAGCUGAAGCUGAGCAGAGAGAAAAAUAACUUUCUCCCCCAGCUGCCCAGUGUGCUCCCCUCCUGCUCCUCGCCUGUGUGUUGGCCUUGCCACAUCUCACCAUGAGCAUCCAAAGUGUGGCCUUCAACCAAUCUUCAACCCAGGCAUCUGCUCUGAGAACAUUAGUGGACGGUCAGCUCCGGCUGGUGAAUGGCUCCACCGCAUGCUCCGGGCGGGUGGAGGUUUGGUACCACGGCGAGUGGGGGACGGUGUGCGACGACGGCUGGGACAAGCAAGAUGCUGCUGUGGUGUGCAGGCAGCUGGGCUGCGGGAAGGCAGUGUCAGCCCACGGCAACGCUUACUUCGGCCGUGGGUCUGGGCCUAUCUGGAUGGACGAUGUGAACUGCGGCGGGCAGGAGGAGCUCCUCACGCAGUGCUCGAGGCCGAGCUGGGGAGUGCACAACUGCGGGCACCAAGAGGACGCAGGCGUCGUGUGCUCAGGUUGGCCCAAGGACUGCAGUGAGAUCCCUGCUAGCAACCCCAGUGGUGUCUAUGUGAUCCAGCCCACAGGGCUGCACCCCAUCGUGGUGUACUGUGAGAUGAAUGGGACAGACGGGGGCUGGACAGUGAUCCAGAGGAACCACCAGAGCACAGAGAUCACCUGGGCUGAGUCCUGGAGCACCUACAAGUAUGGCUUUGGGAACGUGCUCACUGACUACUGGCUGGGCACCGAGUACAUCCAUCAGAUCUCCAGGCAGAAGGUUUACCAGGUCAGGUUUGCCAUCACAGAUGCCUCAAACAACACCAAGUUUGCAGACUACAGCCUCUUCUAUGUAGAAGAUGAGUCCCAAGGCUACCAGCUGAGGCUGGGCACCUACUCAGGGACAGCAGAGGAUGCCAUGGCCUCAAAGACUCCCAGCACCAUGCACGACAACAUGAAGUUCUCUGCUAAAGAUCUGGAUCAGGACACUUACAGCGGGAACUGUGCCUCCAGCUACGGGGGUGGGUGGUGGUACUCUGCCUGUUACUCUGUCCGGCUGAACGUCAAGGGGGCCAUAACGUGGGGCAGCCUGUGCAAUGGGAACUGCAAAGCCUCUGCCAUCCUCAUCAAGCCUACUACCUACUGCUAGAGCUUCCUCACUGCUCGUCUGCACUGGGCACGAUGCCACUCCAGUGCCCUGCCAGGCCUCUCUUCACUGGAGGGGAGCAGACUGGGUGGCUGCAGGGCACAUCCUGAGCUGCUUUGAGUUUUUUCUUUCACCUCUUUUGCAGAGCUCCUCUGCUUCCCUUGCUGGGUUCUUCCUCUUUGAGCUGUUUUUAUAGGAAUUGCUCUAGAAUCAGACUAACGUGUUACAGACCCUGUGCUUCUGAGACAUACCUGCUCUGGAGAAUAAAAUGUGUUUUGGAAACAUAA